AUGAGGGACACAGGAAGGGAGGGGUCUUCUUGCUGGGAGGUGGAUGAUGAGAUAAGCUUCCAGCAGGUCGAGAUCCAGGUGCUACAUACCUGGGAGGUGUCCAACUUGCAGCCUGGAAAGAGUUACGUGUUCCAGGUACAGGCCAUGAAUUCAGCUGGUCUGGGACAGCCGUCCAUGCCUACUGACCCAGUGCUCCUGGAGGACAAGCCAGAUGCCCGGGAGAUCGAGGUUGGUGUGGAUGAAGAGGGCUUUAUCUACUUGGCUUUUGAGGCCCCUGAGGCCCCCGACUCCUCAGAGUUUCAGUGGUCCAAAGACUACAAGGGUCCGCCAGACCCCCAGAGGGUCCAGAUCGAGGAUGGACUUAACAAGUCCAAGGUCAUCCUGAAAGAUCCCGGCCUUGAGGAUCUGGGCACCUACUCAGUGGUAGUCACCGAUGCUGAUGAGGACAUCUCAGCAAGCCACACGCUGACUGAGGAAGAGCUGGACAAGCUGAAGAAAUUGAGCCACGAGAUCAGAAACCCAGUGAUCAAACUCAUCUCCGGCUGGAACAUUGACAUCCUCGAGCAAGGGCAGGUGCGGCUUUGGCUGGAAGUAGAAAAGUUAUCUCCAGCCGCUGAGCUGCAUCUAAUCUUCAACGAGAAGGAGAUCUUCAGCUCACCGAACCGCAAAAUCAAUUUUGACCGAGAGAAGGGCCUGGUGGAAGUAAUCAUCCAGAACUUGUCGGAGGAUGACAAAGGGUCGUAUACUGCUCAGCUCCAAGACGGAAAAGCCAAAAACCAGAUCACCCUGGCCCUGGUGGAUGACGAUUUUGACAAACUUCUGAGGAAGGCAGAUGCUAAGAGACGAGACUGGAAGAGAAAACAGGGUCCCUAUUUCGAGGAGCCUUUGCAGUGGAAGAUCACGGAGGACUGCCAAGUGCUGCUGACGUGCAAGGUGACCAACACCAAGAAAGAGACUCGCUUCCAGUGGUUCUUCCAGAAAAAAGAGACGCCAGCUGGUCAGUAUGACCCGCAGACUGGAGCAGGACUCCUCCUCAUUGAAGAGUUUUCCAAAGAGGACAAGGGAAUUUACAGAGCGACGGUUUCUGAUGAUCGCGGGGAGGAUGAUACCAUACUGGACCUCACAGGGGAAGCCCUGGACGCGGUCUUCGCUGAGCUGGGCAGGAUUGGUGCCCUCUCUGCGACCCCACUGAAAAUCCAGGGGACCGAGGAGGGGAUCCGGAUCUUCAGCAAAGUCAAGUACUACAAUGUGGAAUAUAUGAAAACCACCUGGUUCCACAAAUUUGCUUUUGACGACGCCUUGGCUGAACACCAGAGACUGAAAGCCUUGGCUAUCAUCGAGAAGAAUCGUGCCAAAGUGGUGAGAGGUCUGCCAGACGUGGCCACGAUCAUGGAGGAUAAGACCCUGUGCCUGACCUGCGUCAUCUCAGGAGACCCCGCCCCUGAAAUCUUUUGGCUGAAGAACGACCAACCUGUCACCUUCAUUGACCGCUACCACAUGGAGGUGAGGGGGACGGAAGUCACCAUCACCAUCGAGAAGGUCAACAGUGAGGACACCGGGCGCUACGGUGUCUUUGUCAAGAACAAGUAUGGCUCCGAGACGGGCCAGGUCACCAUCAGUGUGUUCAAGCAUGGGGACGAGCCCAAGGAGCUGAAGACGAUGUGACAGGCAUGCUCAAGUGCAGCCUGAGGUCCAGUCUGCAUGAACCAAUAGGGUCAACCAGUGGGUCACAGCCUGGCACAGACCAUGGGGGUGGGACAGAGGGGAAGGGGACAGGGUGGAACCCAAGACAUGAGGGUAGAGAUGGAGUGGACACACCAAAGUGGCAAAGCAAAGAUCUUGCUGGGGUCCUGAGACCUCCAGGAUGGCGGGAUGAGCGCUGGACUUGGAAAAGGAGGCCUAAACACAAUACUCAGUUUCAGCUCUAAA